AUGGAAGAGAACACGAGUUUAUUAGUAUUGGAGGAUAUGGUGACACCGACAACAAAAGGGAAAAUUUACAUAAAUCUGACUGCAAUAUGCCUUAUUUGGGUGUUUGCUUUUACUGCAUAUUCCGGUCUUCAAAAUCUAGAAAGUAGUCUCAACCCGGAUAUCGGGGUGUACUCUCUGGCUGUAAUCACUGCUGGCGGCUUGGUGUCCUGUAUACUGGCACCAACUGUUAUCUACUAUAUUGGACCGAAAGGAGCUCUCAUUCUAUCAAGUAUAUGUCUGUCAAUAUUCAUUGCAACAAAUUAUUACCCUGAAACUUACAUUCUACUUCCGGGAGCAGCUAUUUAUGGACUUUCUUCAGGGAUUCUCUGGACCGCGCAAGGAGUAUACAUCAGUACAAUAUCGCAACAAUAUGCAGCAGUUGUAUGUGACUCUUUUGAUUCAGUGCUAAGCAGAUUCUUUGGAAUAUUUUGCAUGGCCUUUCAAAGUACUCAGAUCUGGGGGAACUUGGUGUCAUCUGUGAUCCUACAGACUGGCCAAUCUGAGAAAAACUCCACAGGUUCAAUGGAAACGUGUGGUGCUAACUUUUGUCCAGGAAUGGCGAAACCGACAGACGAUGCUUCAGAUAAACCAGACACAGAAGUAGUGGACGUCCUCAUCUCUGUAUAUUUGAGUUGCUCAAUUUUUAGUCUCCUCAUUACCAUAUUCCUUCUGCGACCAAUCGCAAGCAGAUACAACAGUGACGUCAUGAGUUCGAGGACAGCCUUUUUAGCCACUUUGAAGCUGUUACUUACCAAUAGCAACAUGGCACUAUUGGUCCCCCUGGCAAUGUACAGCGGAAUGGAACAGGUGGUCUUGUAUGCUGAGUUUACAAGGGCUUAUGUCGCUUGCGAGCUCGGCUUGGAGUGGGUAGGUUACGCCAUGAUUUGCUUUGGACUUGCCAACACAGCAGCAUCACCACUUAAUGGAGUGUUAGCAAAGUGGUUAGGCCGCUCCACAUUGUAUAUAUUUGCUACUCUACUAAAUGCCGGAUUUCUUACUGUCCUUCUGUUUUGGACGCCACGGGAUCAUGACAUGGCACUCUUUUUCAUUAUACCAGGCGCUUGGGCAAUCGGAGAUGCUAUAUGGCAAACACAAAAUAGUGCACUUAUUGGCUACGCCUUCCCAGAAAAUCCAGAGGCAGCCUUCGCUAAUCUCAGGAUGUUUGAAGCCUUGGGAUUCUCCGUGGCUUAUCUUUAUAGUAACUCUUUGUGUGUGAAUGUCAAACUCUACAUGGUAGGGGGACUGCUCCUGGUAUCGGUGAUUCUCGUAACGUUUGUGGAAAUAAGGCUGCGAAAGGCGCCACCAAAGUACCGUAAAGUGGACCAAUAA